AUGCCACGACUACGUCCGCCAUCAACUGUUCGCGAAACAUCCUUUGAUAACACGUUUACACCGAAUUACGAUACUAUUCGUAAAUCGUGUUUCAUAACGGAAGAUGAGGACGUCGUUCCUAUACCAAUUCAAUUAUUUCUAUGGCGACAAAGCAGUCCGUACCUAAAACAAAAGUUUGGCAAGUUAACUGAUGCAUCAUCAAUCAUUUUCGAUCGGGUACUCGUUCAAAAUAUCCUUCACGGAUUAUCUCCGUGUCUUACCGAUGCAAUCACAAGUAUUCCACGACGAUCAUUUAUCAGAGCAGCAUUUCCACAUGUAAUGUACGCAUGUUCAUCUACGAUCGAACAUAAUCUUCAAGUUGGUCAACAUCAAUCGAUUUCUACUAAUCGUCCAUCGUUAUUAUUUGCAACAUCACCUUCUCGUUCACGAGGUUCAACUCAACUUCAUGUUCCACCGAAUUUGCACAAUCCAAACGAGAAUCCAUUGUUGUUACAUCGUUCUUCCAUAUCACUACCAAACUAUUCAUUGAGUUCAGUUGAUAUUCGUCUUUUUCAAACAUUACAUCAUUUGAUUUUAUAUUCUAACAAUGAUGUAUUACCGUUGAAUACGAUUCAAAUGUUUAUCUAUUUAUUUAUUCCAUAUAUACACACCUAUUUGCGUAAUAACGAAAAAGAUUUUCUAAAUAAUCCAAAUCUCGUGCAAGGAAUGAAUCUGAUUUGGCAACCAUUGUUUGAACAUCGUCAGCCAAAUAUUCGUAUAUUCAACAGUUUUGUUAAACCAAUAGCGAGUCAACAGAAAUCAUCGGCAUCCUCUGACAAUCCUGAUCAAUACUCACGUUUAUCGACGAUUAGUGAAUCAACAAUACCGAAAGUCAGUGUCAGCAAACGAUCUCUAGCAAACGCUCCUUCGUCUGAACGAGAAAGAGCUAGUUUGAGUAUCUUACCAUCGAAACCAAAAGUUAACGAUCCUAGACAAUCCAAAUCGGGUGCACGUACUGAUUCGAUUACCACAUCUUCGAUUACUUUGAAUUCGAUAGCUGAUCUUUCAAGCUAUGGUCUCUUUGAUAAUAGUGCACAAAGACAAGCACCUCUUGUGCAUAUGAGUUCAAUUUAUUCAGUGUCCGAUCUUAGUCGAAUGACCAUCUCACCACAAAGUCCAGCUGUCGAUAAGGGUCAUCGUGUGUUUGAUCUACCAUCGCCAGCUUCAGUCUCAUCGGUUCCUAUACCUUUACUCACAUUUCCCAAACCACCAGACACUGCACAAGGUCGUCUUAAUUCGAUGUCUGAACAAUCAAAAGCUCUAUCAUCCGAAUAUCUCCUACUUGCGACCUAUUUCGAUGUGGGAAUCAUUCGAGCCCUAUUCAGUCCGUCAUGGUUAACCGAUGGUUAUCUUUGGUGUUUGGAAUACUUGCAUAAACGAUUAGUGGAUAUUUCCGAUAAGAUUUUAUCUGAUGCACUGACAAUCGGAAUGUUAUCGAUCAAUGUUCUCCGUUUCAAAAGUCUUUCAAUUCCGCAAAUUAAUACAAUGAACGAGCCAGAUCUCGAUAAAUAUAUAAGAAAAACUUACAUUAACGAACAAGUAACGAAUGGUAUUAUUGAACAACAAUCAACCAUGACAAUCAUUUCGAAAGGCAUGAAACCAGCACAUGUGUUACUAAAUGUUCCGUUUAAAUAUUCAUCAGGGAAAAGUUUUUUUUGUCAAAAAUAUGAUACGUUAAAUAGGAGAAAUCGAGAACGACAAUUAUUGAUCAGAAGUAAAAUUCGUUAUAUCGACGAAGACGGCAUUGAACAUUUAGAUUUAGCCAGCACAAACUACUCCGAACAUUUUGGUUUACCUGUUUCACCAUCAAAUCCGAACCGUAUUCAUCUAACUGAACCAACAUUGGUGUUAUUUCGAACAUCGAUAGACAACACAAAAGAUACGAUCAUUCGUCGAUCAACCGAUACGAGUUCGAAUCAACGACAGACGACAAGCACUGCGCCGAUAACAAAUUUAAAUGCCAUGAAAUUUUACAGUGCUAGUGACUCGGCAAUCGAUUAUAAUUUUCUUACGGAUAUCAAGGAAGCGCAGAGUUCGAGUGGAUAUAUAAAUCGAAGUGGCACGCUGAAUUUUACUGUUGUUCUUGCUGCCGUUCAUGCUGUGAUUUGCAAAGAACAUCAUAUAAAAAUUUGUGAAUUCGCUAUGAGCAUCCUGGAUGUUUUAUUCGAAUUAGCUGUUAUAUCGACUAUCGAAGAUGACACGCAGAGAAAAGCGUUGUUUAGUGCAAGGAAUACUAACAUGAUGAUAAUCGAUGAGAAAGAAAACGAAAAUAUCGAAGAAUGGUUGAAACAUAUGGAUAUGAAAGAAGAUGAAAAGUUUCAAGUCGCGGUAGAUAUUAUUCUCAGGAUACUUAAACGUCUUGGCUGUUCAAAUUGUCAAUCCCGUGGUCGAAGUUUUAACACUGACCAAUUGCGUGGUAAAGUUCGUGUAUCACUGAAUAAACUUCGUCUACUCAAUCAUCAACGAUUUGAAAAAUGCUUUCUAAAUUUCGCCACGAACGCAAAUCUUGGACAUAUAUUCGAUAUUUUACAUGCAAUUUGUGGGUACUGUGUUGAAACAACUAUUGGUCUUGCUCAUUACGCACCCUAUCUUCCAACAAAAGCCGAAGCACAAAUUCAGCAAACUUAUGCAAACAACUUUGCUAAUACACAUCUCAGUUCAGGAGCAAAAGGUAUCGAUGGUUAUAUAUUGAAUAUAAUAUUCAAACCGUUUGUUACGCGGUUGAAUCUCAUGGAAAAACAUUUGCUCUCCUCGGAAAACACAGCAUUGUAUAAUGAGUGUCGGGCAUUUCUAAUCUAUAUGAAACAAAACCAUGGUGGAGUGUUUCGUUCGGCUGUUUUUUCGUCACUGAUCGAUCCGGAAAGGAAACUCAAACUGUUAAGACAAUCAAACAACGAUAAGAAAGUUAUGACGAAUCACGGAUCACGGAAUGGCAUUGAUGAAAAUUCAGAUCAAGAAUUGUCGCCAGGUCGUCCUCGUAACCCUGACUUGUUAAUUGAAACCGAUGACCACAGCUCUUAUGCGCAUCACGAAGAACAUCUUUUCAUUGAUCUACCAUUGGUUCGUCUUGGACUCUUACGUCUGAAUUUCAUCACGGAUGCAUGUCCACCUGGUCUCUUACCUGAUCCAGAAUUUCUCAAUAGCCUACUUCUCUUGGAUGCACCUGUUCUCUCAAAAGCAGCAUUUCUUCUCCAGUGUGCCCAUUAUGUUCGUCGUUGUUCCUUAGGUCAAUGGCCAGAGUGGAUGCGUGUGCAUAUUACGACCUAUCGUUUACACGAAGCACUCUUUGGACGAACAAAUGGAAAUCCUAGCAUAAAACUAGCUCGAAUAUAUCAAGCAGCAGCAGCUCGGAUGUUCUACAUUUGGGGUGAAGCUAUUGCAUCACAAUUGGAAAUAAUAAUGAAUAAUGAACAGGUGCAGACUUCAAUAAACAACCUAUGGAGUGCGGACGAAACAUUUGAAGAUUAUUACAAUGAAACAAUCGUCAAUCGUUCAGGUCAUGAAUGUCCGUACUCAUUAAAACUACUCGCUUGCUUACUACUCUAUGAAAUCACUUCAUUUCUUCGUGAAACAUAUACUACAUUACCAAAAAUGUCUUCACUGUUGACCAGUAGUACCAAUCAAUCACGACAGCAACGCUCACAUCAUGCUCAAGCAGUUAUUGAUGUCGCAACAGGAAUGCCCGAUAAACGGACAUCAGAUUGCUUACGAAUGAACAGUUUUAUAUCUCAGGUAUCCAAUCGAAGCACAAGCUCUAUCCUUUCCAAUGAUCAGCAACCACUUUCACCCCAAAUGUUAUCGGCAUCGAUGGGUCACACAAUUCCUGUACCCAACGACCGUCAUAUUAGUUUUGUUAUCAAUAAUGAAAAUGAUUCUGUUGAAAGUGCUCAUACCAUCGUUGUAGUCAAUGACGACGAUGCUACCGCUCCUGCCACAGUUAUUGAUGGCAAUUCUAUAUCUAUAUCUAUACCAGCGGCCAAAGCGGGAAGCAUUAGCGGUAGUAGCGUUGGCAAAAGCAAAUUUACGCGAAGAGCAAGUAUAAAGUUGAGAAAGCCAUCGACUCGAUUGAAAGAAACUUCGAAAAAUGUUCCUCGUUCAUCAUUUCGCAACCGAAGUCGCAGUCAUGUCUCGAAUGUUUCUAGUGAUGCGGAAAUUCAUCAAAUGAACACUACCAAUGCUCCUUCCGAAACACAAGAUGAUUAUUCCGUCAAUCCAGCUGACGAUUUCGAUCAUAUGAUCCAAACGCGACCAUUUCCAUGGAUUAAAACUGUCAUUAGAAUAUUCAAUCAUGUCAAUAUGACUUGCGAUCAUCAGCUGAGAUGUCUUUCAACAUGUUAUGAUAAACAAAAGAAGAGUUGUAUGAAUCUUCUCAAAGCUUUAUUGAAUAUGUAUGAAUUGAAAUCAACUCAUUCGUGUUCAUCAUCGAUACAAACACAAUUGAAACAUACUGAUGCACAAUCGCAUCAAAAGCAAAUCUUUUCGAAUAAUCUAUUCGAUGAACAUACAAUGGAUUUACCAUCGGAAAACGAAACUAAUAUGCAUUUUGACGCAAUUUCAGAUUAUAUAAAAAAACAGGUCGGAUCAUUGAUUCAUAUACCAUUGUUAAUACUCUGCAAAUCAGCUGUUCUGUUGGAUGAAGAACAUUAUGUACAAAUUCUCCGUUUAUCUUGGCAAUUAUUACUUGAUCAGAACGAAGAAUUAUCCGCAUGUGCUGCAACUAUUGUUAUUCUUACCGGCGCUCGUGCCAGUCAUCUAGUUGAUACAUUGAUGAAUACUGAAAUGACAAAUGUUUCGGGUGCUGUUCGAUACAACUCAAUAUUGAGAUUUGAAUUGCUCUGGCGAUUUCGGUAUCAAUUUUGGAUUCGAUUGGAAGAGGGUGCUCACUGUCUGAUGAAAAUCCUUCCGCCAAGUAUCGAGUUUGUUUUACCAUCCGCUGCGCUUGGUAUUGCAAAUCUACAAAUAGUCGAUCCACCAUGGAUGCCACAUGUGAAAACACUUGUUCAGCAAGUUGCACUGAAUCAAGAGGAAGUGCGGGCAGUGGUUACAACCAGUAAAACGAGGAAAAAACACCAACAAGAAUUUAUUCAUUUGGCUUUGAUGAGAGAAGAGAAUAGUAAACGAGUGGCACGCGAAAAUUUCAUGAUGUCAUCUGUUUCAAUGCUACAAGCAGCAUCAUUCGAACCAUUAUUGCAUCAAUCAAGAGAGGAAGAUGAAGAAGGACAUGCUGAUGACGAUCGAGUCAAUGAAACAAGUGUACAACUUCGACAAGCACAAGGAACAUUUCCAUCAGUAUUCGGUAGAGCUAUAUUUCAUCUCGUCGACAUGCUGGAAGACGAACAUGUUAUUGAACAUGGUGCUUCAGUUUCCGAAGCUGCUCAGAAAGCGCUCAAUACUUGUUUACUCGAAGAUCCAACGUUACUCAUUCGUUUCUUCUUCGAAAAACUCUCACAGAAAGAACGUCGUAUUCAAUCACUUCAAACCCUUCAUCGUUUAAUGUUGUACUCAACUGAUAUUCCACCACAAUUUGCCCAUUCUAUUUUCAAUUAUGUCCUCGGUCUAUUGUUAAGUGUGAUCCGUUCUUCUAUCGAUAAUUCUCAGGAAUUAUUCAUCUCGGGCUUAACGUUAUUCUGGCAAAUCAUUCCCUAUGUUCACGGCCUUGUCCUAAAAGAUUUAAAACAAAUCUUACGAAAAGAACAAGCUGAAAUGAUGAUUUUAGUAACCGGAAAUAUUCCUUCGACGAAAAAAGUGGUCAUUCAUGGUCCCGAUGCAUCGCAAAUACCAACACAAGCGAUUAUAUCUGAAGACACUCAAUUCGCCAGUGUUCUUCAAGAAGCAUUGGAAUUCUUUGGUAUACCAGAUGUGAAACGCGAUCACUAUCAUUUAAUUGAUAUUAAAACUCAACAAAUUCACAUACCCGAAACAUAUGUUCGAGAUUUUUACUUCUUUCGACGUAAUAUUUAUCCGCAAUUAUCCUUAGUUCAUAUGGACUCAAGUCAUUCGCAACGACAACUUGAGAAUACAGCCGUUCAAAUCAAAACUAUCGAACUAGCGAAAGUUUUAUUCGCACGAUACUUUCUCGAAAAUACUCCAUUCAAUCAAAUGCAUAAUUCGAUUACGUUCUUUCAUGAUGAAAUCAUGAAAAGUCCGUUAUUUCCGCGCAAACAAUUAGAAUCAGAUUUUAAUCUGUAUAGAAAAAUGUGCACUACGGAAUUGUGUAGUUUAGACAUGUUGCACAAGUACAACUGGUUAAAACUAAUCGGAUGUUUAUUUUUCAAUAUGGAUGGCAAAACGAGUACCACAUCCGAUAUAACUCCAUUUAUUCCUAUCAUAAAUGGUUCAUUUAUCUUGUAUUGCGAAGAUUCGAUGAUGUUACGUUUUUGUGUAGCCACUUACAUUAAUAUUGUAAAACAUUUUCGGCAUAUCUUUGGCACGAAUGGAUAUCUUCUGAUUAUGCCAACUUUUCUUCGUGUGUAUUCAACUCUUCAAUCGAAUCCGAUGGUAAAAUCUACGAUCGAGUUUUGUUGUCGACAGUUUUUCACCUUACAUCGUAUACCGUUUAUCUUACAAAUGCUCGGGAGUAUAUCUCAAUUGUUUGACUUCGAUGAACAAACGGAUGUGAUUCGAUCAGAUAAUAUUCUUUCGAUUGGAUUAUUCCGCCUCCUCAUCGCAUUAGAACAAACGAAUGCUGACGCACAGCGAGAUGAGUAUUCGAUUUUAGAAUUGAUCAAGAAUGAUCUACCGAGGACGGAUCCACCUGCUGAAGCAACAUCCGGACAAGGAACACCGUUAGCACCAACCACACCAAUCAAAUCCUUAGAUUUUUGUUAUACAGAUGAUGAUAAUAUCUUUACAUUCUUAAAUUGCUUCGAUGCUUGCGUUACCGUUGUUGCAUAUGCACCUGAUUCUAUUCGAGCACUACAAAUGCUUGGUGUCAUGGACAUUCUUCUUCCAAAGUAUUUGCAACAUUUGAAAGCUCGUACAAGUAAAACUGACGUUCAAAAACAAGCGCGUGAUGAAAUGAAAAUUCUCGCCCGAUUAUCAAUGGCAAUGAAAACACUAACCCUAUCAUUAGAGUCGUUGGCGCGAGCGUUUGUCGAGCCGAAAUCUGAAACGAGUACAAAUACACAUCACAAACUUCCUCGUGGUUCAUAUUGUUCAUCGCCCAUUGUUCCAGAUGAAGAUUCAAUCAGUCGUUUUAUUGACGAUCGACCGAAAAAUCGCGUACAAGAUGCGGAUGAACUGAAACAAGUAGGUGAAUUUCGUUGGCCUCGCAACACACUUCUAUCCCUGAUUUCGACAUUCGUAUGUCUUACUUCUUCGCGUGCCAAAGAACUCAGUAAAGUGUCCAACGAUCCCACCUACCGUAAUUUCGAACUGUUCGAUAUCAAAUCCCAUCUACGAGUGGCUGAUAUCACACAUACAUUACUCAAACUAGCCAGUUUCGAUCCUGUGACACUCUCUUGUCGGGGAAUACAGAAUUAUUUCCAAAAAUUAGCGCCGUGCACUGAUUGGAAUCAAGAACAAUUACGUCCUGCAUUGAAUCUUCUACUGAGACGUAUCGAUCGAGUGUUGGCGAAAAUUACGAAAAAGCCAGCAACUAAACGUUGUUUUAAUUGGGAAGCAACUAUUGGAAUUCUCAAUGGAAUUUAUUUGACCAUCGAUCGUUAUCCAGCCAUUGCUUAUUUUCCCAAUCUCAAAACAUUAAUUUCCAGUUGUAUUAAUUUACUAUUGAACGAAAACGUCGUAGAUCCGACUCCAGUUCUGUUACGAUCGGAUAUUCUUACAUUUCCAAGCGAAUUCUCUCAUAUUAUCAUUAAACUCGUCGGUCGAUAUCUCUUGGCUAUUAAGAAUCAAGCAAACAUCGAAGCUUUAACAGCAAAUAACUUGUCAUCCCCAAAUCCGACUGUAACAAUCAAUCAUCUCUUACAUUUUCUAUUACCGUUAAUGUUCUGGGCAAGUAGUGGUCGAAAAGACGCACCGAAACUACACGCUCAGGACAUUUCCUAUAUUGUCACAAUACUUCUUAAUUCAAUUAAACCACCAUCGAAACUUGCAGUAACCAUGGGCACACAAAUUGGACCUUCCGGACAGACUACAAGCGGUGGAAGACAACAUUUAACUGUCGGAGAGGCUACUGCACCCAGUAACAAUUUAUCUCAUAAAUCAAUUAAACAAUUGAGAGAACUUUUACAUACGAGUUCGUUACUAGGUUUGAAAAUUUUAAUUAUUGGAUUCAGUAAACAAUUAAAACGUGAAUGGCAACGUCUUACUCAAGGAAUCAAAUCAAUCUGUAAUAAGCAAUCGAAUAUUUCCUCGAACCUUCUUUCGUUCAUCGACUUUCUUGUUUCGUAUAAAACGCCAGUCUAUUUACUUCUUCGCCCAUUUCUAAUGCAUUACACGCAAUCAGUCACCUCGGACAAUAGUCGAGACUUUGCAAUUAUUACCACUGUUCAACAAAAGAUCUUGUUCGAAAAGAUACCGAUAUCAAAAUCGAAUGGAGAAAUCCUCCAUGGACUUCGACUAGAAUUGAAUCAACUCAAAGCCGAUGUAGCCGAUGAAUCAAAAGUGACGAAUGCAUCUGAUAUUCGUCCGAUAAGCACAGGAAAAGUACGGUUCGACGUCGAAGUAUUAGGACAAACGAAAGAUCUUGAUAAUCUGACAAUUCCAUUGACCAGUGCGUCAAGUAUCUAUUGGUCUUCAACGGCUCAUCACUUUCGGCAACAACGACUUCAUGAUUACAGCCUAGACACUUCACCAAAACGACGAAUGGGAACAAUUCGAGGAAGAGAUGCAUUGAACAUUCUCGAAACCUAUCACGAACGAUAUCGUAUUCGAUGUGGCGAAUUUCGUUUUACACGUUCAGUUUCAGAUACUUCAUCGAAAACAAUCGAAGAUAUUGUAUUCAGACGACCAUCAAGUAUGACCAAUGACAUCGAAGCGUCGAUCUCAACUGAUUCUCAACAGCUCCGAACAUCUUCACUGACACAUUCUCCAAUGUCCUUGGCUCGUUCACUAACAGUCACUAGUGACCGAAGUUUAUCAACACUGAACGGUGACAAUUUCAUGGAUGAAAGCACUUUAGAACAAUCAUCACCCAUCAGUGAUCAAAACACAUCGAAGCUACGAACGUUUCGAGGAUGGAAACGAUAUCCUGCACAUGUAGAACGAUCGCGAUCACCGAAAGGUUCAGGACGAUCCAACACAUCCAAUACAAACGACCAAUCCCAAUCAACUGAACAAGUUCAUGACCAAUCUUCUGAUGUAAUUGAUAUUUGUGAACCUGGCGCUAAUGACAAUUUUGAACAGAUGCAAGCACGUCGAAGCUCAUUGUUAUUAUCUCGUUUAUCGAAUCCCGAGGCAAAUCACUAG